GCUGCUGAAGGUCGGACAAGCGGGCCAUGGUGUGAUGAGGACAUGGAUGACCCAUGAAGAUGCAUCUCAGGUGAGUUGCUGAGAUUGAUCGCAGUGCAGUAGGAUGUCCACCCCAGGCUGUCAGUGUUGUCAGUGUUGUCAUUACUUGUCAUGUCGGUCAUUUCUGCUUUGUGCCGUCUGUGCCGCAAUUACUGGGGUCAUCUUGUUCCUAUUCUCCGAAGCUGGAUGUCUAUUGCGGUAUGGUGUAGUGGAGUCUAUCAAAGAUGCAUCUACACCACCACCAGCCCAACAGACGGCGGCAAAGCCCCCCCCAGUCUGUGAUGCUUGUAAAUACUCCGUAUGGCCUCCCAGAUUCGGCCCCGGCUGUACUCUAUCAUUACCCCGAGAUCAACACUCCAUCACCAGUCCACCGCCCGAUACCCCCUCGGCCGACCAUGCAUGCCCCCAAACUCCAACCACCGCAGCCCUCACCGUCCCAUCCCUUGCAAGCCAUCCCCAAGACGUCCCCCCAGGUAGACCGAGUCGCACAGUUACACAGAUACAGAUCCACCUCCCCCCCUUCUUCCUCGGAAGCGCCGACUACAGUGGCUCCUCAACAACCCCCGUAGGCGAAUACGCCGCCCUCUUGCCCCUCGUCCACAGCACCACGGCCGCGGCAUGGCGGAUCAGUCAGUUGGGCGACGCGGCCAUGGGCGGGUACGACUUGCCGCCGACGUCGACCUUGGGCUCGCACACGCAGCGGUCCUCAGUAGGGACGCUGUCGAAGACGGUCUGGAUGUGGGCGCCGCAGCCCCACCACGACGCCUUGCCUAGAUUUCGCAUGGCGGUUAGUUGGUGUGAAUAUAUGGGCCGAGGUAGGACGUUGACAUACUGCAGGUUCCGCAGGUAGCCUUCUUGCACAUGAUGAUGGUGAUGAUGGUUGUAUUUGUUGGUUAUGUGAUGGGUGUUGUUGUUGUUGUUGAGAAGUUGAAAAAUUGAGAGAUAAAAGGUUCAAGUGUUAUCUGAAUCGGAAUGCUCAACUUGAGGUUUAACUAGCUGUGGGGAUGUCGUGGAGUCCGUCCAGCUUAAUCCAUUUUAUACCAUU